UUGCAAACCCCAAUCACUCGCUGGGUCCCCGCCCACCGUCUCUCAAUCGCAAAACUUUCGGAUCGCGACGUUCGUACCCAUCUCGACUUUUUUCUCGUUUUCGACUUCGUCCGCUCGAGCAACAACUAACCCCUCCGACCCAACGUCAACCACCUCCAACCGCCACAAUGUCCGGCCCCGCGUUGAACAAGAUCGCUGCCAACAGCCCCUCGCGGGCCAGCCCCUCUGAGCUCGAGCAGAACAUCGCCCAGGCUCUGUACGACCUCGAGAGCAACACCGCCGACCUCAAGGUCGCCCUCCGCCCUCUGCAGAUCGUCUCUGCCCGCGAGAUCGAGGUUGGCCACGGCAAGAAGGCUAUUGCCAUCUUUGUCCCCGUCCCUUCCCUGCAGGGCUUCCACCGCGUCCAGCAGCGCCUCACCCGUGAGCUCGAGAAGAAGUUCUCCGACCGCCACGUCCUGAUCCUCGCCUCGCGCCGCAUCCUGCCCCGCCCCAAGCGCUCUGCCCGCUCCCGCAACACCCAGAAGCAGAAGCGCCCCCGCUCCCGCACCCUCACCGCCGUCCACGACGCCAUCCUCACUGACCUCGUCUACCCCGUCGAGAUCGUCGGCAAGCGCCUCCGCACCAAGGAGGACGGCUCCAAGCUCCUCAAGGUCAUCCUUGACGAGAAGGAACGCGGCGGCGUCGACUACCGCCUCGACACCUACACCGAGGUCUACCGCAAGCUCACCGGCCGCGGCGUCACCUUCGAGUUCCCCCAGUCCGGCGCCACCGAGUACUAGACGUGUCUCACUUCUCAUCAAGAGAGGAGGCUUGCGUUUACUCGUUUUGUGUGUGUGGGAUGGUUUACUAAAAGACAUCAAAGAGGGAAUGAUUCAAAAAGUGAUCUUUGGUCGGUCAAUGAUGGGUUUGGCAUUUGGUCUGCUGCGAUGAGAGCAUGGCAAUGACUGGUUGGUCAAAAGGGUCUGGCGUCUAAAGGAUGUUAUAGCUUGGGCGAUUCAAUUACAGGCUGCCCCCGAAAAUGCAUAUACCACACAUCUGACCGCCCCUUACUCCACCUUCCGUUCCGAUUGAUUGCGUGAUUGAAUUUGACUGGCCGUGGACAUGCGUGCAUCGUCGUCCUCCGCC